AUGUCACCGUUACAACAAUUUCCUCCAUUCAAUUACCAACCCAAGCCCUCCGGAAUUCCUUUUACGAUAAAGAACCAAUCUGCUCAACCAUGGCUUUAUCGAACAACCGCCCCCAUAACUCAUUCGACACUGGCGGAAGAUUCCCUUUGCUCGUCAUCCAGCAACUCAACUGGAUACUGGUAUGAACAGAUUGAUCAUAAUGGACAGUCUUCCUUCAUGGAUUCGAAGUACAAGGACAACUACACUGUCUUCCGCAACGUUGUCAAGGAUUUUGGCGCGGACAAUACUGGAAAGAAGGAUGCAGCAGCAGCUAUCUCAGCUGCAAUCAAAGCUGGACCGUCAAAUGGGCCUGACCGCAGUUCCAAUUCCAUGGGUACUACUGGACAACCUGCUAUCAUCUACUUGCCAGCAGGAACGUAUCUUAUGAAGUCAUCUCUGCAACUGUACCUUGGGACUGUCAUUAUAGGUGACCCCACGAACCCUCCAGUCCUCAAGGCAUCAUCAGAUUUCGCGGACGAUCAUAUCAUCUACGCCAAGGAUCCCAACUUUGGGGGUACGAUCAAUUUCUAUCUCGGAAUUAAGAACAUUAUCAUCGACUCGACCGGUAUCGGGGCUGAUAAAUCCAUCACUCUUCUUGAUUGGACCGUUAGCCAGGCGACUCAGCUCACCAAUGUCGGGUUCAAUAUGCCUACAAACACUGCCAAGCACGUCGGCCUAACUACACAAUACGACUACAACAGUAACUUGAUUCUGAAUGACCUUUGGUUCAAAGGCGGCGCAACCGGCAUGAAGUUGAGUGGCCAACAAUGGGUAUUCAAGAACAUCUCAUUCAGUGGUACCACUACUGGCGUUCAGGCUGGAGGGACCGAUAUUGUAUUCUUGGGCUGUCGCUUCGAACAGGGUACCCUGGGAAUUGACGCGCAAGGCACAUCCGGAUCUCUGACCGUCGUCGAUACUACUGGUGUUGGCAUGGGUACUCUUAUUUCAUCAUCUAGUUCGAACACUGCAGGAAAUUCUAUCGUCCUAGACAACGUUCAGAAUUCAGGCGCCACAGUGAAGAUAGGAGGACAAACCACGUUGAGCGGAAAUGUUGCCAACACUUGGGUACAUGGACAUCUGUAUACUUCCAACAAUGCCAAGUUCCAAUCGCAACAGGGCCAGACAGUCACUACAUCCCGCUCCUCAUCGCUUUUGUCAGGGAAGAACUAUUUUACCAUGGCGCCCCCAACGUAUCAAGAGUAUAGCACCGGGCAGGUCCUGAACAUUAAAAAUGUUCCUGGUAUCCCGGUUUAUGGGGACGGCGAGACGGAUGAUACUCGGAACAUUAACCUUAUCUUGUCCCGCUACAAGACAUCUUGCUCGCUCAUGUAUUUCCCCGCCGGUACAUACAUUGUUACAGAUACCAUUUUCGUGCCUGCUGGUACGCGGAUCAUCGGUGAUGCAUAUGCCUCGACGAUUAGUGCUGUCGGAAGCAACUUUGAGGAUGAGUCUGCUCCUCGCGCCAUGAUCCGGGUAGGGUAUCCUGGAGAUGUGGGUGUUGCACAAAUUAGUGACCUGGUGUUCACUGUGGCAGAUGUUCUGCCGGGCUGCAAGUUGGUUGAGGUCAACAUCGCUGCCAGGUCACCCGGGGACGUUGGCUUCUGGAAUUCGCAUUUCCGAAUUGGUGGAGCGGCGGGUAGCCAAGUGGAGAGUUUAUGUACGGACGACCCCAAUGACUGCAAGGCAGCCUGGGGGCUCCUCCACCUAACCAGUACAUCAUCUGCCUACAUUGAGAACAUGUGGGGAUGGACAGCCGAUCACGAUCUCGAUGGGGACAACCCGCAAACCAUCUCCACCGGCCGUGGGCUACUAGUGGAAGGUACAGCCGCGACCUGGCUCAUUGGAACAGGAUCCGAGCACAACACACUCUACCAGUACAACUUUCAGUAUGCCCGGAACGUCUUCACUGCAAUGCAGCAGAGUGAAACACCAUACUGGCAGGGAGCAGGGAGCCGCGCUCUCAACCCAGCCCCAUGGGAGUAUCUCGACACCAGUGAUCCAGACUUUAGCAACUGCGCUGCCAAUGAUAGCAAAUGUCGCAUGGCAUUGUUUGAACGCAUUUAUGGCUCGUCCGACCUCUUCCUCUACGGUGGUUGCAACUGGGUCUUUUUCAACAACAAUGGUGAUUGCAGCGGUGACUGCCAGACCAAUGCAAUUGACAUAUCCAAUUCAACCUCCAUCUACCUGUAUGGAACCAAUACGAAGAGCACGACCAAUAUGGUUCUUGAAGGAACCAAGGUCAUUGCUACUCAGAGUGACAAUGCUGGCGGUUGGGGAGGAGUCAUUGCCGGAUAUUUGUAUGAUUCAUAA